ACCACCACCAUGAUCAAGGCUGUGUUAGCUGUGUUGUCCAUCUUCGUCCUUGUGGCCUCUGCCUUGGCCAGUCCCAUGCCUGAACCUGGCUAUCGUCGCUAUGGUGGUUAUGGUGGUGGCUAUGGUGGCGGCUAUGGUGGUGGCUAUGGUGGCUACGGUGGUGGAUAUGGAGGACAUGGUGGCUUCCGUCGCGGAUAUGGCGGUUAUGUUGGUGGAUAUGGUGGCUACGGUGGUGGAUAUGGCGGCUAUGGCGGUGGAUAUGGCGGCUAUGGCGGUGGAUAUGGCGGCUAUGGAUAUGGACGAUAAGGAGAGUAAUGGCCGUCCAGGUAGCCAAGACUGUUCCAGUGGUCCUUCCAGUCCUGUGAGGAGGUGGCUGGUGGGACCUCUCUGCGUCAUAUGGUCCUCCCACAGAACCUAAGCUGUUGUUCACAUUUCUGUAUUUACCACUUCAUUAUUUGUA